AUGUGCGCCGCGGGCGAGCGCUGCGAGCUGUGCGGCGCGGGGGCGGACGUGCACUGCCGGGCCGACGCGGCGUUCCUCUGCGCGCCGUGCGACGCCGAGGUGCACGGCGCCAGCACCCUCGCGUCCCGCCACCGCCGCACGCGCGUCUCGCAGUCCAGGGGCGUCGUUCGCGUGCGCUGUGAGGCGGCGCUCGAGGGCUGGGCCCGGCGGAUGGGCCUCGAGGAGGAGGUGGCGCGCCGGUGUGCCGCGGCGGCCGGGCGCAUGCUCCGAGCCGAGGUCGCUGUGGCAGCGCCGCGCAUGCCGCUGCGCGUCGCGAUGGCGGCCGCGCUGUGGUGGGAGGUGGCGGCUCACGGCGUCCACGAGCCCGGCGAUAAGCUCCAGCGCUUGGAAGCCUGUGCGAACGUGCCGGCGGUGCUGAUUGUGGCGGUGGCGGCUGCGAUCGGGCGCGCGUGCGCCAAGAAGAGGACGGCCGCAGUGGACGCCUAG